AUGAUAGUGAGUUUCUUCCCCGACAGUGUCUGGGGAUGUACAGUGAAGCAGCACCAAAAGCAGAAACACCUCCUGUACCAUAAGAUCAUCUACACCCUCAUUAGCGAUAAGUACAAAAGCCGCAUCCUGCGCCGGUCGUCCUUUGCGCUGCUCUAUCUGUCGUACGUGUUUAUUAAGAUGCUUCCGGUGACGCUCGCGAUCGAAACGCACACCGGCACCAAGUCGAUCACCUCGCUGCCGGUGAAAGCGCGCCCGCUGCCAGAAAUGGUGGCACCACCGCUUGACGAUGAGGACGACGACUACUUCGAUGAUUACGAUGAGUACGAUAUAGUGAAGAAUAAAUCGGCGAAGGGAAUGUACGUUGGGGCACCGUGCGAGUUUACGUGCCACCCCAAGCUACAUCACGUGUACUGUGAUCCUACGACUAACACCUGCGGCUGCGAAAAAGAUUACGUCGUGCUGAUUGGACUACUGAAAGGAUGUGCCAAGCCCAAAAAACUUGGGGAACAAUGCUUCUACGAUCAGACUUGCAUCUACAACGAUGAGCAUGCGCUGUGCAUGCAGAUCGUCCACAACGCCAUCUGUCAAUGUGCGCCCGGUUUCCACUCCGUUAGCUAUUCGAAGCCAACGAAACGUGUCUUCUGCACACAAGACAUGGCCACCAUAACUGCGGAUCUUCCGACACUGUUCGGUGUCACGAGCGGCAUUGCCGUGCUGGCGGGGCUCAUUUGCAUGGUGCUGCAUUUAUUUAGCAAAACAAAAUAUCCACGACCUAGGCAUUUCGGUGAUGCGAACCUCGCACCGCCGAUACUCUUUUCCAGUGAUACAGGGAUACCAUUGACAAUACAGUCGGCAAGACCGUCAUCUCGUUCCAGUCAGCGCUCGAGCGGUUCCAUCGGUUCCUAUGGCAAUCGGCGACCGUCCAGUGCGCCGCUGCACGGCUCCAAAGGGGUCCUGGUCUCGACCUCCCGUACAGGUGCGGCCCGAUCUGCCGCCAUAUUGCUUGUAUCAUGUCACAUAUCUGCAAUUAGAAAUAGUAAAUCCACUAGUACCGAUUCCCAGCACCCCAGCAGCUAUCUGAGCGACGACAAUAUGACCAAAUAUCUCGAGCGCCAGCUGGAGCACCAGAAGCAGCUGCUCUACCUGGACAUACCGUCGCUCAGAACGCACAAUAAGUUGUUUUCCAAGUUUUGCAAGGCCACCGCGCUGAUCGGCAGCGGAAACCACACGUCGAGCGUGAACGUGCACGGCAGGGACAAUGAUGGGACCGGCGUCGGGCAUGUCGCGGGCAGUAGCAGCACCGCCGGUGGCAGCAAUGGGCAGUACCACGCACCGUACCAUUACGGUACCUCCACCAACGACGAUUCGAGCUUCGACGAUGAGGACGGACAUGGUUCCCGAAGACCAAGUUUAGCUUCCGUGCACAGUACCAGUUCGUCCGUGCGGAGCUACAGUAUGCGUCGGUUCGAGCAGGAGAUCCAGCAGAAGGAGCUACGGCAGGAGAUGAAACGGCAUCUGGCCCGGCUCCAGGAGCAGCAGCAGCUGCAGAAGAUCAAACCGAACAUCAUCAUCGGUGAUGUGAUAUCGUGCCCUAUGAACAAACCGAUACUGACGACACCCAGCCCGAUGACGCCGAACUCGGUCGACGACAUACUACCGUCGGUGGACGAAACGCAGGAGGUAUUCUCGCCCAACCUUAGCCAACGUUCGGUAAGCGACAGUACGGGCGGAUGUUUCGAUGGACCGUGCAGCUCGACGGAAUUGUUGAAAUAG